GAGCUCCGUCAGUCUUUCGGCGUUUUGUUCGCAAGCAGGUUGAUAAUCCUGCCGCCUCCUCGUGCGCGCCAUCAGCCUUGUCAAACUUUGAAAAAUUGGAACGUUUCCCAUUAUCAAUAUUGUGUAAACAAACUACAUAUCACGAUAGUAAUUAAAUUUGUUUUUUUUUCACCGGUUAUCUAAUAAUGGAAGAAUAGUGUUGGCUUGUGUACAACUGAAGCGAUAUGAAUAUGAAAAAGUAUUAAUUGUUUUGGCGGUGAUUUUAAUUAGUGUUAGGAACCAAAAUGGUAUGCAUUCAAAUUCGGUUUAGUAAAUAACAGCUAUAUGAAUCAAGCCACAGACAAUCUAGUGAUUAUUUUAUAAGUGGCUAAUUCGCCACAACAGGAGAACGCCUUCGAAUUAUUUCUUUACGUCAUCGGGCUUCCGGCGAGGGCAAAAUGUGGCUCUAUUUAAUCAACUUCAGCGUAGUUCUUAUAGUCGUAUUGGGUCGUUUAGAUCGUGAUAUCGGACAUCCUUGUCCAGGACCUCCCGAUAAAGGUCCUUGCAACAGAGCCCUUUACAAAUGGGCUUACGACCACGAUAAAAAUAAAUGCGUAUUAUUUGCAUGGGGAGGCUGUGCUGGUAAUAAUAAAAAUAGGUUUAAUACAGAAAUACAGUGUAUACGAAAAUGUAUUUCAUUAAAAUACCGUUCCUUCAUCUCUGGGAAUUACACAGUACCAAAAGAAAAACGUGGACCCGAAUUGACUUUCCAGGAAACGGGAAACGAGAACACGUUUAUGUUUGCCCAAUCGAACACUUUUAUUCAAAUCGACGGGGAUAUUAUCCAAACUUUUCAAUUAAGGCUGUGUCGACAAAUUUCUUUCCAGUUUAGAACUAGACUUCCACAUGGGCUUUUAGUCUAUCACAAUGUUAAAGUCCCAGCGGGAGUUUCUCUACAACCUUAUGCUUUAUACAUCAUUGUGGAACAAGGCCAACUUAAAGUUGUCCACGUCUAUGGGAAACAUCUAACAGCACUGACUGUUGGAAGAGGGCUUAACAGAGACGAGUGGCAUUCGGUGACUGUCAGAAUAGACGUACAUGGGGCUCGUUUGAUGGCCACUGUUGACGACCAGAAGGAAGAGACUAAUCUUCGAGGUCUCGACAAAGAAAAUAACUAUGGAGUCUCUGCAAACGUUACCUCGGUGAUACUUAUCGGUGGACUGAGUUCAGAGGAACGUUUGCAUGGUGUUAAAUACAUAAUUGAGUCAUUUGUUGGGUGUAUUAAAGACGUAGUCCUCAGCACAGGCAAAUCAGCAUCUGAUCUUUUGACGAUAAGUCCUCUAAUUGCAACCAAACACGAAAACGUACAAGAAGGUUGCAUCGAUAAGUGCAAAACGACCGAAAAUUUGUGCUUUAGGGGGUCUCGAUGUAUAAAUCACUACAACUCGUUGACGUGUGACUGCUUUGGGACUCUGUACGAAGGAGAGUUUUGUGAUAUUUACGCUGCCACAGUAUUAACGCUUCGAGGAUCAUCCUACGUUUCCUACAGAGUGUACGACUGGAAAGACCGAGUUCACUCCUCAAUAAACCGUUUCUCAAUGUUAUUCAAGACCCGAUUUGAUGACUCUGCCUUAUUUUACGCCGCGGGGGGCGAACACGAACGUAUUGAUCACUACAUUGCUGCCUCAAUUUACAACAACUCGGUUUACAUAGAGUUGGAUUUUGGUGCCCAAACCAUGUCCCAAACCCUUGGCCAAAAUGACGAUUUCCAGCUAAACCAAUGGAACAACUUGACUAUAUUCCACGACCAUGACAAAAUCCUUUUAAGCCUCAACCAGGAGAAAGUCUGGUUGAACCUCACUGGUUCCCCCAUGUUGUACAUAGACCCCGAGAUAUACAUCGGGGGAGGCCCCGAACUCCAGAAGAAAACUGGGCUAAAAUCGAAAAACAAUUUCGUCGGAGGCCUCAAAUACGUCUUUUUUAACGACAUUUCCAUCAUCUACGAACUCAACAAAAACAAUCCUAAAGUGCACUACAUUGGUAUUUUGCGACCGGAAUAUGAAGAAAUCGAUGUUACAGAAAUCCCAAUCACUUUUCCCUUCACUUCGUCGCACAUCUGGUGGCUUAACAACUACAUCAACAACUUGUUCCUCACAUUCAAUUUCAAAAGUAGCAGCAAUUUGAGCGUUUUGGCCUCGAGUGAAACCACAACCAAACUCUACUGGGAGGUCCGUGUAGUCAACGACGAAGUCAGAUUCGAGUUGACAAACAUGGCCAAAAACACCACGCAUUUAAUAAGUGUGAAAAAGACGCCGAAAAUUUGGCAUUUUCUCAACUUGACAUAUUUCAACGGCGAGGUCAUUUUGCGAGUUGACGACAAGGAGAAACAGGAGAAGAUUGAAGACUUGAAAUUCGCAGUCGGGGAUAAAAUUAAGGUCGGGAGUGGCUCCAGGUCCAAUUCUGGACUUGUAGGGUGCAUGAGAGACAUUAUAGUCAAUGGGGCGAGUUUGGAACCCCGAUCUGUGUUACAGUCGGAAAGAGUUGUAGGUGAAGUGACUUUGGAUGACUGCAAGUUUGUCGACCCGUGUUUGCGACCAAAUACGUGCGAACACGGAGGGAAAUGCUCAGUUAAAGAAGACAAACUUAUUUGCGACUGCACUGACAGUGGAUACACUGGGAAAAAUUGUCAUUUUGCAAAAUACAGGAAAACUUGCGAGGAACUUGCUUUACUAGGAUACACAAAACCUGACGUUUAUUUAAUUGAUAUUGACGGUAAUGGGAAGUUUCCUCCAGCUCACGUCCGGUGUGAAUUCCAAAGUAUCGAAGAAUCAACCAAAACAAUAGUGGAACACAAUCUUCCAAGCCAAAUUGAUGUGAGAUCCCCCUCUGAGAGCGAUUUCAGUUUCACUAUCAAAUACCGAGAGUUUACUCCUAAUAUGCUACAAGAGCUGGUAUCCCACUCGUUGAAUUGUAGCCAAUAUAUUAGAUACGAUUGUUUCAAAGCACCCCUAGGGUUGCACUCCGCUACCUGGUUUAUAAGUUCAGCAAACGAAACUGUUGAUUUUAUCGGAGAUGUUAAAAGAGGAACGUGUCCUUGUUCCAUAGGAAAAAAAUGUGAAAACCCUUCACAGUGGUGCAACUGUGAUGACGCUGCUGACGACAAGUGGAACUCAGAUGAUGGGUAUUACACGACAGCAAAAAGUCUUGGGAUAACCCAAAUGGUGUUUUUGCAACCACCAGAUUUACCAAAUGAGGCCCUCGGAAGGGUAACUUUAGGGCCGUUGGAGUGUGUUGAAACUAACACUCAAAGGUAUGUGGUUACCUUUACUACAAGUCAGUCGUAUAUUGAGGUGCCAGGGUGGAGGAAAGGGGACUUGGCUUUCUCGUUUAGGACCACUGGAAAAAAGGCCAUUUUGUUGUAUCAGCCACCAAUAAGGCCCAAUUAUCCCAGUUUUAUGAUUGCUUUAACUAGCGAUUUUCAGUUGACAUUUAAUUUCACUUUAAACACUGGAGUUUCAAAGGAGUUGGUGAUCAUUUCUGACCGGAAAUUAAACGGUGGGGAGUGGCACAAAUUAUGGAUUGAUUACAAUAAAUAUCAUGUGCGACUUAUGAUCAAUGAGGAUCAAAAAAUGGAUGAUUUGAAACCGGAAGAAGAGUUUGGGCCGUUUGAAGGAUCGAUGUUUAUCGGGGGCGCACCAACCAAUUUACUAGAUCCUAAAACUUCGGUGCAUCAGGGGUUAAUAGGUUGUUUUAGAGGCCUUGUCGUGAAUGAAGAAAUUCUGGAUAUUUAUAGCUACAUGAGUGUACAUUUGAGUGAAAUUAUUAAAGAUUGCAAGCCUUCUUGUGUGCCGAACCCGUGUCAAAAUGGAGCUCAAUGUAAAGAGUUGUGGAGCACUUUUGAAUGCAUUUGCCCUAAUCCGUGGGCGUAUAAAGGCAUUUAUUGUGAAACAAAUGUUAAUGUUAAUGCGUUAACAUUCACAAAACCGGAAUCUUUUUUGCGACGCAAUUACUUGGACACCAAAGACGAGAACGACAAAAUCGCCUUAAAGAAAAUAUUCGAAGAACAAAUCCUAAUAAACCUUCGUACCUACGACGAAUUAGCCUUGAUUUUCUACGCUAACGACCAUUUAAACAAUUUCGUCCAUUUAUUCAUUUGCAACGGGACUCAAGUUGUAUUCUUAUUCAACUUCGGAAGUGAAAUUUAUGACUUAUCCGUCGAACAUCCGGAGUUAAAUUCAAGUAAAUCGAUACAAAUUGCAAUCCAACGCGAAGAAAACAUGACCACAAUGUACGUCAAUGAGAACAACAACAGCAUUUCGAUCGGAGUCUCACUCUUGGAAACUUAUUCAAAUAAGCCUUGGAUCAAUCCCGAAAAAGAGGUUUUGGCGCCGCAAAGGCCACCCGCGCCUCCCACCGAAUAUUUUCAAUUAAAUUUGGGCGGAUAUGACCCCGAAACAUUGUUAAAAGUGUCGGAGGAUCCUCCCAUUUUGCCCGGAUAUGUGGGAUGCAUGAGAGGUUUUCAAAUUGGCCAAACACUUAUAGAUCUUCCGUCUAAAGUUACGGAGGUCGACGAAGGCGUCAAGGCUAAUUGCAAUAUGAAAUGUGAUGCACUCCCCUGCAAACACGGAGGGAUCUGCAUUGAGAAUUUCCGAAAUCAGGAGCAUUCCUGCGACUGCGAACACACCAGUUAUUACGGGGAGUUUUGCUCAGAUGAGAAGGGGGCAGAUUUUAGCGGCGAGUCGAUUUUGUGGAGGGAAUAUAUCCUCAAUGGGUCGGUGGACCACGUCAAAAUACAGCUAGCUUUUUCUAGUAUGGACAUAAGACAGAAAAACACAGCUUUGUUGCUUUUGCAGACGGAGAACAACCGAAGUUUUUAUUUUUUGAUAGGUUUGAGUCCUGAAGGGUAUUUGAUCAUCCAAGAAGACAGGGAAGGAGCGGUUUUUGCAGCUGUUGUUCAACAUAAAAGUUUCAUUAACGGUGCGCGACACUCGGUUUAUUAUCGAAGAGACCACAACGAAUCGGAGUUGUUAGUGGAUAGAGAAGUGAUAGAAAUGCACCAAAUUCCAGCCCAGACUUUCACAAAUGUGCCAGAAUUGGGGGCCAAUGAGGUGCUAAUUGGGGGGCAUAACACCAAUGAUCCAAGGUUUGCGAUAUACAAAGGCUAUAGUGGAUGUCUGUCAAACAUAUUUAUUGAAGUUAAUGAGCAUGUAAUGAAACCUUUAGAAGAAUACAUGCUGUUUACAAAAACUGGCUCCGAAAAGGUCAACGUUUCAAACCCGCACGGAGUUCGCAGUGCCCAAUGUAGCCCCCAUUUCGACGUUUUACACGAAAAAACGCCAGGAACCACCAAUCUCAACAUUAGCCAAGGUAAGGAUAAAACAUGGGUGGAAGACGCACCUCAAAGAGUUGUUUACACAUCUGAUGCAUCUACUGCAACCGAACAAGAAGAAGGAAUCGACAAAAUCGUCGUAGUUGUCCUUUCUGUAUUUUUUGUAUUCAUUAUUAUUUGUUGCAUUUAUGAGUUGUAUCGCACGGACAAAGCCUACAAGAGGCGUAAAGAACUUGAAACUGAUGCUAAUAUAUUGUGGUCGAAGGAACAAGCUGCUAAAAUGCAGGAAACUCCGUUCGUGCAGAUGCCAGCGGAAACUGUAACAAAGCCGCCAACACAAAACGGAAAAUUGCCAAACGAAAUCUCAAACGGAUCCACUAAUAAGGAUAAUGAGACAAUUGUGACAACUGCGGAAGUUACGCCAGUUUUAGAAGAGGUUCCCACGAAACCUUUGAAAAGACAAGACAGUAAAAGAGACAGAAGAAUUAGUUUUAGAGAUAGUGCCAGUGAACUAGCAUGGGACACGCCUGAGGAAAGUUCAGAACUCUUAAGCACUAUGCACGAAGAAGACGAAGAUGAACAAAACGGGAACUCUGAUGAGUCAACGCACAAGUCCAGUUCUAACGGAAAUCACAAAAGUGUUAACGAUGUUAACGAAAUUAUUAGUGAAGAAGCAAAAGCAUCCCUGGAAAAGCUUCUCAGGUUUGGUAAUGUCCCAAAACCCGUAUUCCUGAACGAUCACCAAAGAAAAUUUGCUAACCCCAUUAGUUACUUAGGAGGACCCAGAAUGGCUCCACGAAACCGUUGGAGUGUAGAAAGUGUAUUGUCCAUAGAUUAGUUGUAACAAAUGCUAAUUAAUGUAUUUACAAAGUAAAAUAAAACCUCUUAACACGU